AUGAGCGGCUACCAGCCACCAGUGGUGAUCGACAACGGCUCGGGAAUGAUCAAGGCGGGCCUGGCUGGGACCCGGGAACCCCAGUUCGUCUAUCCGAAUAUUCUGGGCCGGACAAAGGGCCAGGGCACUGCGAUGGACAGCAGGCAGGAGCUGUGUGUGGGUGACCAAGCGCAGGAGCGCAGGAGCUUCUUGUCCAUCAGCUAUCCAGUGGAACGGGGUCUCAUUUCCUCCUGGGGGGACAUGGAGAUCAUGUGGAAACAUAUCUAUGACUAUAACCUGAACCUGAACGCCAGUGAUGGCCCGGUCUUGGUUACAGAGCCUGCGCUGAACCCAUUGGCAGACCGGCAGCACAUCUCCGAAGUGUUUUUUGAAAAUCUGGGAGUCCCUGCCUUCUAUAUGUCUGUCCAGGCUGUGUUGGCUCUCUUUGCUGCUGGCUUUACUACUGGCCUGGUGCUGAACUCGGGUGCCGGGAUUACUCAGUGUGUGCCCAUCUUUGAGGGUUACUGCCUAUCUCAUGGUGUGAAACAGCUAAAUGUGGCAGGAUUUGACCUCACCAGCCACCUCAUGAUGUUGUUGAAGGAUGAUGGUAUCAUGCUGCUUAGAACUGGGGACAGGAAGAUUGUUGCAGACAUUAAGGAGAAUGCUUGUUAUGUGGCAAUGAACUAUGAAGAGGAAAUGACCAAGGAGUCUAGCCUAGAGAAAAUAUAUACCCUGCCCGAUGGGAAGACUGUCAAGCUCCAUAAGCAGGUAUUCCGCUGCCCAGAGGCCCUCUUCUCUCCGUAUCUUCUGAAUGUUGACGCUCCGGGCAUUGACAAGAUGUGCUUCAGCAGCAUAAUGAAAUGUGACGCAGAUCUCAGGAGCUCCUUCUUCUCCAAUAUCAUCCUUUCGGGAGGGUCGACGUCUUUUCCUGGUUUAGAUAAGCGACUCAUUAAGGAUGUGGCAAAGAUGGCACCUGCUAAUACCACCGUGCAGGUUAUAGCUCCCCCGGAACGGAAAAUAUCAGUGUGGAUGGGGGGGUCUAUUCUUGCAUCCUUGUCUGCCUUCCAAGACAUGUGGAUCACGGCUGCAGAAUUCAAAGAAGUUGGACCCAACAUUGUACACCAGAGAUGCUUCUGA